AUGGAAGGAGAUGGGGGACAAUUGUUAUUCAGGGAUGUGGCCAUAGAAUUCUCUCAGGAGGAGUGGAAAUGCCUGAACCCUGGGCAGAAAGCUUUAUACAGGGAUGUGAUGUUAGAGAACUACAGGAACCUGAUCUCCCUAGGAAUCUGUCUUCCUGACCUGAGUGUUAUCUCCAUUUUGGAGCAAAAGAGAGAUCCCUGGACUCUGCAGAGUGAUGUGAAAGUAGCAAACAAUCCAAAUGGCAGGGAGUACAUCAAAGGUGUGAAAACAGAUGUACCUUACAAACAAAGUGACUGUGGCGAGAUCUUUAGUAGCAAUUCAAACCUUGCACAACAUCAAGGAAUCCAUACUGGAGAGAAGCCUUACAAAUGUAAUGAAUGUGGCAAGGUCUUCAAUCAGAAUUCAUACCUUGCACAACAUCAGAAAAUUCAUACUGGAGAGAAACCUUACAAUUGCAAUGAAUGUGACAAAGUCUUUAGUCACCAUGCCUACCUUGCACAACAUAGGAAAAUUAAUACUGGAGAGAAGCCUUACAAAUGUAGUGAAUGUGGCAGAGCAUUUAAUGUGUGUUCCAGUCUUACUGCUCCUCUUGUAAUCCAUACUGGAGAGAAACCUUAUGAUUGUAAGGAACGUGGCAAGGUCUUCAGUCACAAGUCUUCCCUAACCAUUCAUCGGACAAUUCAUACUACACAGAGACCAUACAAAUGUAAGGAGUGUGGCAAGGGCUUUAGUCGAAUUGCAUUCCUUGUGAGGCAUCGGAAAGUUCAUACUGGAGAGAAACCUUACAAAUGUAAUGAGUGUGGCAAGGUCUUUAUUGGCAAUUCACGCCUUGCACGACAUAGGAAAAUUCAUACUGGGGAGAAGCCUUGCAAAUGUAAUAAAUGUGGCAAAGCAUUUAGACAGUAUUCAGAUCUCACUGCCCAUUUUCUAAUCCAUACUGGAGAGAAACCUUAUGAAUGUAUAGAGUGUGGCAAGGUCUUCGGGCACAAGUCUUCCCUAACCUAUCACUGUAGAAUUCAUACUGGAGAGAAGCCUUGCAAAUGUAACGAAUGUGGCAAGGUCUUCCGUCAGAAUUCACACCUUGCACGACAUAGGAAAAUUCAUACUGGAGAGAAGCUUUACAAAUGUAAUGAAUGUGGCAAGGUCUUCAGUCAGAAUUCACACCUUACACAACAUAGGAAUAUUCAUACUGGAGAGAAGCCUUACAGUUGUAAUGAAUGUGGCAAGGUCUUCAGCUCACGGCAAGGGGCCGAGGCCGCAGGGCUCUCCGGGCCGGGGCCCACCCCUCAUCCACGCAGUACAGCACUGGACGCCCCAGCGGCUGUCCUAAGCAGAGGCUGCCUGGAGCUAAGACCCGCCCUUUCACCCAGCAGGGGUGCCCAGGCCGCGGAGGAGGGCAACAUGCAGCUCCGCUUUGCCUGGCUCUGGCAUGCGCGUUAUGACCUGUACAGUGCCUAUGGUUACACAAUAUCACCUAUGGAGAAGGCUCUUGUGAAAUUGGACAUUCAGAUAGCACUUUCUUCUCGGUAUUAUGGAAGAGUAGCUCCACGGUCUGGCUUGGCUGCAAAACACGUAGAUGUAGGAGCUGGUGUCACAGAUAAAGAUUAUAGAGGAAAUAUUGGUGUUGUAGUCUUUAAUUUUGGCAAAGAAAAGUUUGAAGUCAAAUAACGUGAUCGAAUUGCACAGCUCAUUUGUGAACGGAUGUUCUAUCCAGAAAUAGAAGAAGUUCAAGCUUUGGAUGACACCAAAAGGGGUUCAGGAGGUUUUGGUUCUACUGGAAAGAAUUAAAAUUUAUGCCAAGAACAGAAAACGAGAAGUCAUACCUUUUUCUUAAAAACAAGGAGUUUUUGCUUAAAGUGUUUUGGUGUUUUGCACUUCUGUAAAG